CAAGGUUUGUUGUCUGCUCCUAAAAUUUUCUGACAACGAUAAAAAUCUGUGUACAUGACAUAACAUCGAAGGGUUUGAUCCGUUUGUUGAAACCUUUUGACGGAAAAGUAAAAUAACACAUGUGGAAUAAUAAAAAAACAGUUGUUCAUACAAAUAUAUAACAUCAUUUAUAAGUGAAAAUAAGAUAUGUCUUGAAAAAUAAAGUUAGAAGAAGAUAUUUAAACAUGGCGUCAUUAACGAAUGUUUAGCAAGUGACGUGGAAUGAAUUUCGUUGAUUUUUUAUCAUUUUCCACUAACAUUUUAUAGUUUUUAUAACACUAUAGAUAGCAAAAUGAUUUCGCUUGAAAAUAUUGCUAUUAGCGUCUUCAUUUCUGUAUUAUUUAUUAUUAUUACAUUUUGUACAGUUUUAUAUAUGAUCACCUCACCUUAUCCUAAAAUAGUUAGAUAUGAACAAGAGAAAUCAUAUUUGAAUCCAAAGACUAAAGAAAGAGAGGUUUUUCCUUCUAUUGAUGAUAAACAAAGCUUGCAUUUAAGUGUGAUUAUUCCUGCUUAUAAUGAAGAAGAACGACUUCAGCCUAUGCUUGAUGAAAGUUUAGAAUAUUUGGAAAAACGAAAACGGUCAGGAUUAACAUAUGAAAUAAUAGUCGUAAGUGAUGGAAGUACAGAUAAGACUGUAAAAGUAGCAGAAAGUUAUGCUGAAAAAUAUGAUAAUAUACGAGUACUUGAAUUAAUAAAAAACAGAGGAAAAGGAGGAGCUGUAAGACUUGGGAUGCAAAGUGCUCGAGGAAGUGUGCUUUUAUUUGCGGAUGCUGAUGGAGCAACUAAGUUCAGUGAUUUCGAAAAGUUGGAAGAAAGUUUGAAGAAUGUUCUUGGAUGUGAUUAUUUAACCAAUCCUCAGCAAGUUGCUGAUGCACAUGCAGUUAUUUGUGGCUCUCGAGCUCACUUAGAAAAAGAAGAAACUGCCAAAAGAUCUAUCUUCCGAUUAUUUCUUAUGCAUGGGUUCCACAUUUUAGUAUGGACUCUUUGUGUACGUGAUAUCCGUGAUACUCAAUGUGGUUUUAAGUUAUUAACUCGUCAAUCUGCAAGGGUGUUAUUUCAAGCUCUUCAUGUUGAACGUUGGGCAUUUGAUGUAGAAAUGCUCUAUUUAGCACAAACUUUGAACAUUCCUAUAACAGAGAUUGCUGUAAACUGGACGGAGAUUGAAGGCUCUAAAAUUGUUCCAUUUUGGAGUUGGUUGCAAAUGGGACGCGAUCUGGGAUUAAUUUGGCUGCGAUAUCGAAUAGGUGCAUGGAAAAUUCGAAAACUCAAACAAUCAUAAGCUAAACAUAUAAGAUUUUUUAGCAUUUAAAAAUAUCUAUAUAUUACUUAAAUUAAUUUUAUUUAUGAAAUAUAAAUAAACAAAAA